UACACCGUGAAAAUCUCACGUCACCCGAAUGCUUCAAUUUCGCUAGAUUACUAUUUUCUGAACCCAAAAAGCACUCAAAGACAAAAGACAAAACAAAGAAUUCCAUGUUUUUAAAUAUACACGUGCGGAUGUUUAAAAUUCAGUGAUAUAUUGUACCUCAGCCAAAUAAAAACCUAUCAGUGAAACGUCAUGCAUCGAAGUAAACAAGACGAAGAUGACACUUCGUCGCCUCCAAAACAACCCAAAGUUAGCUCUACGCUAAGCGCUGCUUUCACCAACUUGAAGAAGUCAGAAUUUUUCAAAGAAGAUUUACCACAGAAUAAUGUAGCUGGACCGUCGAAGCCUAAAGGAGCGAUGAAGUUGAAUGCUAUCCUUGUUAGUCCUAAACAGAAAGGAAAUCCUUUGCUGAAGUCUAUAACCAGUGUUCCCUGGGAGUUUGAUGAUAUAGUUCCAGACUACGUGAUGGGCAGAGGAACGUGUGCACUCUUCCUCUCGAUACGCUAUCACCAGUUGAAUCCAGAUUACAUCCACGACCGGCUCAAGUUAUUAGGCAAAGCGUAUGAUCUCCGAGUUCUAUUGGCCCAGGUCGAUGUUGCCGAGCCUCACCAUUCUUUGAAGCACUUGACGAGAAUAUGUAUUUUAGCUGAUUUGACUUUGAUGCUAGCCUGGAAUGCUGAAGAUGCUGGCAAGAUCAUCGAAACAUACAAGAUCUAUGAAAAUAAACCUCCUGACAUGAUUAUGGAACGAGGGAAUGUAUCGCCACAUGAGAAACUCAUCAGUGCACUGACAUCAGUAAGAUCGGUGAAUAAAACGGACGCAAUGACUCUUUUGUCAACGUUUGGCUCUGUGGAUAAGGUCGUCAAAGCCUCCAGUGAAGCAUUGGGUCUUUGUCCUGGGUUCGGACUCCAGAAGGCGAUUCGUCUCCAUAAAACAUUGCAUGAACCGUUUCUGAGAGAUACAAGACUGCAUUCAAAAAAGGCAGUAAAAACUACAACGGCAUCAACAGAUGAACCCAACGUCAUUUAGAAAUUACUAUUGAAAAUAAUUUAUCUUCUACUCUGUGAGCAGGCGAAGUUCCAUUUGAAACGUUUAAUAUUGUGAAGAUAAUUCCUGAUCAUUUAAUUAAAUCGUAACGCUGAUGUUACCUUGUUACUUGAUUUACUGCAAAAUACGAACUGAUAAUGUAAAGAAUGUAUUUAAUAUGAAAUGUUUAGUGAAAUCCGACGGUGAUACUUUAUUGUUACACUUAUUCUUGAAGUUUGAGGAAACCUGCUGGUUACAUCUUAUUGUAACGUUAUUUUUUUCG